AUGUUUGAUGGAGUUGUUGGAGGUUCCGGCCAAUAUGGGACCACCAUUGAUGGUGGAGAUCAUGUUGAUCUACCUUUAGUGAGGGUUAGGUGGGGGUGGCAGGUUGUGCACAUAUUUAUCCAGCUUCCCCUCACGAAUAAGUCCUUCAAUGAUGUUUCACAAGACAACACAAGAUUCGGUAUCAUGGCCGCUGAAUUGAUGAAAAUGGCAGAAGACACCUGUGUUUGGCAUAGGCUUGUUGGUCGGUCUCCUGGAGGGAGACUUAGGUAUCAUGGGUGCCUCGUGCACUAG